GCGGGGCAAAGUCGCAAACCCAUUCCCGUUUCUGCUUGCAGUCACAAGCAAAAGUCCUCUUAGCUUGGUUGAGUCAUCCCACCAAGCAAUGUGCAAAAAAAAAAAAAUAGAAAAACAAUUCACCUUGAACUAUGAACCUCCCUUAUUCAAACCGUUUCAGCAAGCUGUCAAUUGGUUUUAUCCACGAACUGUGAAAUCCCUUACUGCACGGAUUUUUUCAGUCGAGCAUACACCUUUGGUUCUGGGCGGGGUUGAACUUGGGUAGUCAUUGGCGUUUAGUUCAUUUGGUGAAGCAGCAAUGUCGCAACAUAAAGGCGGCAAGGCCGCAGCGAAGGGCAAAAAGUCCGGCGGAGCUGGCGCCGAGGAGAAAGCCGAGGAUGUGCUUCAGGCCGUUGUUCUCGCCGAUUCGUUUCAAGACCGGUUUGCGCCUUUCACCCUAGAAAAGCCACGAUGUCUUCUCCCAUUAGCGAACACGCCCUUGAUCGAGUACACACUCGAGUACCUGGCCAUGAAUGGUGUUCAGGAGGUCUUCAUAUACUGCGGAAAUCACACAGACCAGGUCGAGCAAUACAUACAGGACUCGCCCAGAUGGAGUCCUUCCGGCCACAUAUCACCCUUCUCGCUUCUCGAGUUUGUGCGCGUCAACGAUGCUUCUUCCCCUGGUGACUUCCUGCGCGAUCUCGAUAAGCGAGGCCUUAUUUCUGGCGACUUUAUCCUCGUCCACGGCGACCUCGUCGCCAAUAUCCCCCUUGACAAUGCCUUGACUGCCCACCGAAGGCGCAGGGAAGCCAACCGGGACGCCAUUAUGACCAUGGUCUUGCGCGAGGGAGGACCAGGUGACCACCACACGAAAUCACGGGGAACCACACCCGUAUUCACAAUUGAAGCUAAGGAGGGCCGGUGUUUGCAGUUUGACGAGACGAACCCGCUACAGAGCAGUCAUUACACCGUGCUCGAUCCUGCCGUUUUCGAGCAUGACGAAGUCGAGAUGCGCACUGAUUUGAUCGACUGCGAGAUCGACAUCUGUACCCCGGACGUACUGGCCCUUUGGUCGGACAGUUUUGAUUACGAGGCGCCUCGAAAACACUUUUUGCACGGAGUUUUGAAGGACUGGGAGCUCAACGGCAAGCUCAUCUAUACUAACAUAGUGAACGAGGGAUACGCCGCCCGUGCGAGCAAUUUGCAGCUUUACGAAUCCAUCACACGUGAUGUGAUUAGUAGAUGGACAUUUCCCAUGGUUCCCGACAACAACCUCGUCCAAGGGCAAUCUUAUGCUCUGCGCCGGAACUUUGUUUACUCCGAAAAGGGUGUCAAGUUCGAGGUCGGUAGCCACGUUGAGAAGUCGGUUGUGGGAAUGAAGACAGCAGUAGGAACGGGCAGCACCAUAAUAAACUGCGUAAUAGGCGAGAGGUGCCACAUUGGAAGCAAUGUCCAUAUAAGUGACAGUUUCAUAUGGAGCGACGCCACUAUCGAGGAUGGAGCUAGGAUAACGAGGUCUGUCGUGGCCAGCUCUGCGACGGUUGGCAAGGACUGCACAAUACCAGCGGGCUCGCUCGUCUCAUUCGGCGUACAAUUAAGCGACGGGGUCGCCCUCCCCGACGCAACCACAUUAUCACUCUUUACGCGGGAUCGCCUUCUUGCGGAAACAGACACAAAACUUCUCGGAUCAUCGGGCAAGGGGUCGGUAUACCAGUACGAGGACGAGGACGAAUAUGACGAGUUUGACUCAGCCAACCUCCAACGGACACUCAUCUACUCAACAGCACAUCUCAACAUUUCCACCUCGACGAUAUCAUCAUUCAAUUCGGAGCACUCGGAUGACGACAGCGACGACGAUGGGCUUGGGGGCGGUGCACAUGGCCACCUCGCUCCUGGGUCUGGGUCGCGGGAGCGACACUCAUCCAUGAUCUCGGAUACAUCAGCCGGCUCGGACAAUGCCAGCAACUCUUUCCACAACGAUGCCGUCACAAGUCUGGUGGACGCCCUUCGAUCCGAAGAUAAUAAGGAUAUGGAUGGCGCCAAGCUUGAAUUCAUGGGCCUGCGACUCGCUACGGACGCCUCGGACGGGGCUGUACGCCGUGCUAUCGCCACGGCCCUAGUCAGGGCCGCCGUGGAGCUGAUGCAGCAGCCCGCUGGCGCCCUCGAGCCAUCCAAGGCAGCCGAGCGCGCCCUGACGGCCAAGAAGGGCACAUCCAAGUUCGUGUCGGAGGUCGCCGUUGGCGGCGAUGACACAAGCGACCAGGCAGCUUUCGCGCUCGCGUUGCAGAAGGCCGCUGCUGCUGUUCGGGGCAUUGAGACCAGCCGUGCGGGUACGCUGCUAGCGGCGCUGUUGCAGCACCUGUACAACCUGGACGUGCUCGAGGAAGAGGGCAUCCUGGCCUGGUGGGAGGGGGCUGAUGCCGCUCAGGGGGAGAAGAUGGUUACUGUCAAGGAAAAGUGCAAGGUCCUGAUUGACUGGCUGCAGGAAGAUGACGACAGUGAUGACAGCGAUGACGAGUAGAAAUUCAAAGAAACGACCCUGGUCAGGGGUGUUCACUCAGGAGGAUGGAGCCAUUCUGGCCAUGGGGGAUAGAAAAACACGCAAACUGCCAAUAUUUCACAUAUUUUGACCUCCA